CUCUCACUCUCACUCGAAGUGUUUUGCUCUUCCCUCUCAACGAACUAAGACUCUCUCCUUCACUGAAACUCUCCUCCGGCCAGGGUCUGACCACGUUACACCGACUCCAGACCGCACAGACUCUACCCUGUGCUCAUCACGGCGUCGAUCGCGAUGGGCCCAAUCUCCGCUUUGGCCCUCCUCGCCCUCAGCGCCGCGCUGCCCCAGGACCCCGCGACCCCGGGCUGCCACCUUUACCCGUUCGAAGUGGCGGUGGCGGUGGUGGCGCGUGGCGGCCGCUGGAGCUGCCCGGCGCGUCUGAGCGCCUGCGUGGGCUUCUGCGAGUCGAGCGCCUUCCCCUCGCGCUUCUCGGUGCUGCGCGCCUCCGGCUACCGGCACAACGUCACCUCGGUGGCGCAGUGCUGCACCGUGAGCCGCCUCGAGAAGGUGCGGGUGCCGUGUGGUGAUGACGGGGACUGGGUGGAGGCGUUCACGGCCCGGAGCUGCCAGUGCGACACGUGCCGCCUCUCGCGCUACUGAGCAGCCCGCAUCACCUCCUCCUCCACCUCCUCCUCCUCCAACACCUCCUCCUCCAACACCUCCUCCUCCACCUCCUCCACCUCCUCCUCCAACACCUCCUCCUCCACCACCUCCUCCGCAAAAUCGCCCACACAGUCACACACAAAGACCACAGCAACCAUCUUGAUUUGAAACAGCAACACUCACCCACUCACUCACUCACCCACCCACUCACUCACUCACCCACCCACUCACCCACUCACCACACUGCAGCUUUCAAUAACACUCACCCACUCACUCACUCAUCCACUCACUCACCCACUCACCACACUGCAACUCACAACGACACUCACUCACUCACCCACUCACCACACUGCAGCUCUCAAUAACACUCACUUACCCACUGAUCAACUCACUCGUCCACUCACUCAUCCACUCAACACACUGCAGGUCACAACGACGCUCACCCACUCACCCACUCACUCACCCACUCACUCACCCACUCACUCAUCCACUCACCACACUGCAGGUUACAACGAUACUCACACAAUCACCCACUCACCACACUACAACUCAUAACGACACUCACUCACCCACUCACCACACUGCAGCUCACAAGGACACUCACUCAUCCACUCACUCAUCCACUCACCACACUACAACUCACAACGGCACUCACUCACUCACCCACUCACCAGACUGCAGCUCUCAAUAACACUCACUCACCCACUAAUCUACUCACUCACCAACUCACCACACUGCAGCUCACAAGGACACUCACUCAUCCACUCACUCAUCCACUCACCACACUGCAACUCACAACGACAUUCACUCACUCACCCACUCAUCCACUCACUCACAGCACGGUACACGAGGUGGUGGGUGGCCAGAACCACGGCCGGCCGUCUUUGUCUCCUUAUUGGCGAUGUUUACACAACGCACCAGGUACUCAUUUGAGGCUGAGUCGACCUAGGGGAGGCCCAGGACCGAUUCAGAUAAUCGUCACCGGUGUUGGCCGUGAGUGGGAAUCGAACUCGGGUCGCUAACCGCUACACUAGCGCUUGUGGGGAGCGGUGGUGCAGCGGUUAGCGCUACCCUGUGCUACGAACCCAGCU